AAAGCGAAGAAUGGAGUACUCUGGUUUCAUCCAACAUUUGAGCAACGACUAUGUAAAUAAUGAGAGGCCACACUAUCCAUUAUCGCCACAAUUGGGAUACAAUGCAGUUUCUUCUCAGAACACAUCCCCUUUCGCUUACAAUUACGAUUACAGCUACUUCGGCAUAACCUCGGAGGGCACUCGCCGGACUGUUAACCUCGUAUCUCACCAGCUGUUUAGAUCUCUCGCUUGACCGCGCAUCGGAAAUGCUUGCCUCGGCUGAAAUUGCUGUUCCCCGGCGAGAAUUCAUCGGAAACUGCCGUCGGAUUAAGCAUUACAGUAGCGGCCGCGGUGAUUUUUCGUUCUCCACUUGUUUGGCAAAAGCCUUCGGUUGUGCGUCGAAUAUGAUUGCCACAUCCCUUGAUUCUCAACGAUUUUUGUUGUUGAAUUAUGCAAGUGCACUACCAAACCUAAUGGAAUUGAAGGCUAGGAAAUGCAAGGUGAUGCACGACAUCGAUGCAACUGUAAUCACGAGCCAUUCGAUACCCGGGGAAAUGAAAUUCGAUCGAAUUGUAUUCAACUUUCCGUUCGCUGGAUUUUUCGACGACUUGCCCCGGGAUUCUCAGCUGAUACGUCACAAGGGACUUGUGAGCAAGUUUAUGCAGAAUGCGGUAGAGAUGAUGGGUGAGAAUGGUGAGAUCCACAUACGUAACAAGACGACCGAUUACUUCGAGGAAUGGAAUCUCGAAGUGUUCGGGUGGUUGCACAGGCUGCGUCUUGUAGAGACUGUGGAUUUUGAUCGUCUUGAUUAUCCGGGGUACGACACCAAGUAUGGAUUUGGGGGUGAUGGUAAUUUCAAUUGCUACCCGAGCAAGACCUACAAAUUUGCCCGUUAGUGAAUCGUGACGUGCCGAUCUUAUUAUUAUUAGUAUUGUUGUUGUUCAAUUCUGUAUUUUUUUCGUAAU